GUCAGCUCACAAUUGUUUUGUACCUUGUAAAGCCCACCUCACACAUUUUUUACCACGCAAACCUAAGCCUAAAACCUAAAAUCCGUAACCGCCAAGGGAAGCAGUAAGUGUUGCGAGGCAAGAUGGAUCCCAGUGCCACGGAGCCGAGGGACUACCUGCUCGACGAGGAGAUGGACCUGCUGGCCGAACUGGGCGACUGCCACAAGACCAAAUUGGAGGACAUCGAUGUGAUUGCGCGGACGACCGACAAGUGCCAGGCGCUCAGCUACCGGAUGAUCUCGUUCAAGAGCCAGGAGCCGGAUAGGCCGACCAUCGAGCUGGAGGACACCGAUUCAGCGGAGCCGGAGUCCGACCUGAUGCCCUACGGACUCGCCGAGGAGGAGGAGCAGAGCUCCGACGAGGAGACGAAGACGCUGCGCGCCAUCCACGCCCUCGACCAGAUCCUCAAUCGGAUCGAGAUGAUGCAGAGCCAGAUCCGAAGGCGGCAGCAACACGAAGGCAGCUGCGAUGAGCAGUCGGGGGAGGAGCAGAGGGAGGAGCAGGUGGACUGCAGUGGACUGACUCCGAAGCAGGCGGAGAUCAGGUGCGUGCAGAGGGCCCAGCACCACAUGCAGUGCCAGGUGAGCGAGCUGCUCUGCCGCUACGACAAGCUGAGGAGCAUGAUGCGCACCCUGAGCCAGCAGUGGGCUCACCUCAAUUGCCAGAUCGCCGAGAUCCGGGCCCACAAUCUGGUGCACCUGGAGUGGACCCAGGAGUCGGCCAGCGAUUUGAGCAACUGCCAGCAGCGGCAUCGAUCCCUCGCCGCCGUCAAGCUGACCAAGAAGAUGGCCCUGCUGGUGACCAAGACGAACAUGUCCAGCGGAUUCCGUUACAGCCGGCGGUACCUGCGACAGGCGCUCCUCGAGAGGCACAUCAACGACUUCCACUACGAGAUCGCCGAGCUGAAGCUCCUCAGCGACGAGAUCAACGCCCAGAUCGAGCUCCGGCUGGACGGGAUCAGGGAUAAGGCCAUCCAGAUGGGACUUUUCGCCCCGCCCACGCCGCGCUUCUCCACUUUGGUCGCCGAGGCAUCCAAACCCUUCACCGUGCCGAAAACCUUCAUCCAGAAAAACUAGGAAAAGUGAUCUGAAUAAGAGAGUAGAUUAAUAAUAUGAUAAAAGGAAGAAAAACAAUAUAUAGAACAAUAAGGAUAAGAGAGAGGCGUCAGUGGGAAAAGGCAAACAGAAGAACCAAUUUUUGGAAAUCGCGUUAGAAAAUUCGCAAGACGAAGGAUACAACAACUUUUACCAAACAAAAGGAGAAUUUUAUAAAGGGGAACCCCCGAAAUAUCAAGGAAUCUGAGAAUAUAAAUCGCAUUUAGUGAAACCGAAAUAGAACCUUCAGGGUAAAGAGUGGAUAAGUUACUAAAUAUGGAAUUUAGGGAGUAAUAUAGCUUUUUUUCAAUUCAAGCAAAAGGAUAUUGUAGGCUAAUUAUAUAAAAACACACAACCAAAGUAAAAGAUAAUAAUAAAAAAAAAUUACAAGUUUA